AAUCCCUUUCGGUGUAAUAAGCAAAACACAUCUAAUCUAAAAACGUCAAAAUUGUCAUAACGUCAACAAAUUGACACGUAAUAAGUGUGUGAGUUGACGUUCUGUUUUUUUUAAAAACCCAAAAUAAAAUAGAAAGAUCUCGAUAUAAUUUAUCCCAUCUCAAAUUUUAUCAUAAUAUUUCGACUAGUCGUUUUUAAAGUAAAAUGACAUCAGUAGAACAGCCUUGUUACACUAUCAUUAAUUUACCAACAGAUUAUGAGCCUUACAAUGAAAUGCAACUCAAGACGGACUUAGAAAAAGGAGAAGUGAAGGUAAAGAUACGGGCCCUUGAAAAGAUUAUUCAUAUGAUCCUAGCUGGCGAUAGACUACCAAAUGGAUUUCUUAUGACCAUAAUUAGAAAUGUUUUGCCACUUCAGGAUCAUUUAGCUAAAAAGUUGUUGCUGAUAUUUUGGGAAAUAGUUCCAAAAACUUCACCAGAUGGGAAAUUGCUGCAAGAGAUGAUUUUGGUAUGUGAUGCUUAUAGAAAAGAUCUACAGCAUCCUAAUGAAUUUCUAAGGGGCUCAACUUUGAGAUUUUUAUGCAAAUUGAAAGAACCGGAACUUCUAGAACCUCUCAUGCCAAGUAUUAGAUCAUGUUUAGAACACAGGCAUAGUUAUGUAAGAAGAAAUGCAGUCUUGGCCAUUUUUACGAUUUAUAGAAAUUUCGAAUUCCUAAUACCAGAUGCUCCAGAGUUGAUUUCUAAUUAUUUAGAUGGAGAAAAUGAUAUGUCAUGUAAAAGAAAUGCUUUUUUGAUGCUUCUUCAUGCUGACCAAAAACGGGCAUUAUCUUACUUGGCUUCAUGUUUAGAUCAGGUUACUUCAUUCGGAGACAUUCUUCAGUUAGUAAUUGUUGAACUUAUUUACAAAGUAUGUCAUUCCAAUCCUUCUGAGAGAUCAAGAUUUAUAAGAUGUAUCUACAAUUUGUUAAAUUCGAGCAGUCCAGCAGUCAGAUAUGAAGCAGCUGGAACUUUGGUAACCCUUUCUAAUGCACCCACCGCAGUUAAAGCUGCAGCAAGUUGUUACAUUGAAUUGAUCAUCAAAGAAAGUGACAAUAAUGUUAAACUUAUUGUACUGGAUAGAUUAAUUGCACUUAAAGAACAUCCAAACCAUGAAAGGAUAUUACAAGAUCUAGUUAUGGACAUUCUUAGAGUGUUAGCUGCACCUGAUCUUGAAGUUCGAAAGAAAACAUUGAACUUAGCAUUGGAGCUUGUAUCAUCGAGAAACAUAGAAGAAAUGGUAUUAGUUCUUACUAAAGAAGUAUCAAAAACUGUUGAUAAUGAGCAUGAAGAUACUGGAAAGUACAGGCAGUUAUUGGUUCGAACUUUACAUACUUGUUGCAUCAAAUUCCCAAUUGUUGCCAGAAGUGUUAUACCUGUAUUAAUGGAAUUUUUAUCUGAUAAUAAUGAGUUGGUAGCCACUGAUGUUUUGUUGUUCUUGAGGGAAGCUAUACAGAAAUAUAAUGAUCUGCAACCUUUGAUCCUUGAAACACUGAUAAAAAGUUUUAAAGAUAUAAAAUUAGUUAAAGUCCACCGAGCAGCCUUAUGGAUUUUGGGUGAAUACGCACAUCAUAUUCAUGAUCUUCAAAGUAUUGUCGAGGAAAUAGAAAGAUUACUUGGCGAAGGGUCUCUAGUAGAAGCUGAACAAAAAUUGAUAUCUGGAGAAGAAGAAGAAGAGGAAACUACUCCUGUUGUUCAGAAAGGAGCUACCACUCUAGUAACUUCAGAUGGAACAUAUGCUACUCAAUCAGCUUUUAACACCAUAAGUAAAUCUACCAAAGAAAAGAGACCCACUUUAAGGCAAUAUCUCAUGGAUGGUGAUUUCUUCAUAUCCGCUUCAUUGGCCUCAACUUUAACAAAAAUUUCUUUAAGAUAUGACAAUGUAGCAUCACCAGCAGAAAGUAGUGCUUUCAAUGCUAAAAUUAUGCUUAUUAUGGCAGGGAUUUUACAUUUGGGAAAAUCUGGUUUGCCAACAAAAGCGAUAACAAAUGAUGAUAAAGACCACAUUCUCUUCUGCUUGCGAGUUUUAUCAGAACGUACUCCAAUUGUCGUGGAUAUUUUUGAAAACUUAUGUAGAUCGGCGUUGCAGAAUAUGUUAGCUGCUAAAGAAACUGAGGAAGCCACCAACCAAAAAAGUAAAGAAAAAAAGAAACACACUGUGCAAACAGACGACGCUAUUAGUUUCGUGCAAUUAGAAACUGAUAAAACUGGAGAACUCGGUGAAAACGUCUUUGAAAUGUCUCUGUCGCAAGCACUGGUUGGAGGUCGACCAGCAGGUGGCGAAUCAGUAUUAAAUUCUUGCAAAUUAGAUAAAAUCACACAAUUAACAGGAUUUUCUGAUCCCGUAUAUGCGGAAGCUUAUGUUCAUGUGAAUCAGUAUGAUAUCAUCCUUGAUGUAUUAAUUGUUAAUCAAACUAAUGAUACUUUACAAAAUUGCACUUUAGAAUUGGCAACGCUCGGAGAUUUAAAAUUGGUGGAAAAACCUCAACCAGUUGUAUUAGCACCUAAAGAUUUUUGCAACAUAAAAGCAAACGUCAAAGUAGCAUCUACUGAAAAUGGUAUAAUAUUCGGUAAUAUCGUAUAUGAUGUAACAGGAGCGGCAUCCGACAGGAACGUUGUAGUAUUAAACGAUAUUCACAUAGAUAUUAUGGAUUAUAUAGUGCCGGCUAGUUGUACCGACACCGAUUUUAUGAGAAUGUGGGCGGAAUUCGAAUGGGAAAAUAAGGUUACUGUUAAUACGCCUCUCACGGAUUUAUCUGAAUAUUUAGAUCAUUUACUGAAAAGUACAAACAUGAAAUGUUUAACUCCGGAGAAAGCUCUCAGUGGUCAAUGCGGCUUUAUGGCAGCCAAUAUGUAUGCCAGAUCUAUUUUUGGUGAAGAUGCUUUGGCUAAUUUAAGUAUAGAGAAGUCUUUUAGCAAACCAGAUGCACCAGUGAGUGGUCAUAUUAGAAUCAGGGCAAAGAGUCAGGGUAUGGCCUUAAGUUUAGGAGACAAAAUCAAUAUGACACAAAAAGGUACACAAACAAAAGUUGUAGCAGCAUAAGUAGAAAAAAGAAGAGAAUCCUUUUUACUAUUAUUUUUCAUUGCUUCUGUAUUUAUAUUCAACUUCAGUUUAUCAAUUAUUAUAUUGUAAUUAUAUAAAAAUAAAAUAUUUUGCACAUGUGCAG